UUAUUAAUUUGUAGUAUAGAUUUUUUUUCAAUAAAAAGGACAUAAAUAAUAAAUUAACCAAAAAAAUCAUUUUUUAUUUAGGGAAAGAAAAGAGCACUCAACUUGCAUCCAACACGUUGAAGUUUGAGCCAUCUAGAUAUUAUCGAGGCAUGAAAAAGAUAUCUCGUAUUUCGGGGGAAGCAUAUGGACACGUGGAGGCUGAUCCUGACAUCUCAAUUUACCAGCUGACGUUAUUCUCGGUCCUCGAUCACCUGCAUCGCAGCAACACAAAUCCACCACGCGUCACACGCUCCCAAUCGUACCACACCACGUGUCCCAUGAUCUAGGGCAAUAAAUCAUCCAUUUCCAUUUCGACACGUGUCCCUCGCUCGAGUUUCAGACACUGGUAUUUGGGCGCUUUUAAAUUACCAUCACUAUCCCCCGAACCUCCUCCGCCCCCUAAAAGAAAUGAGUGCCGCCCAGAGACGAAGACUUAAUCCACUGAGUCAAGAAACCGAGUCGGAUGACUCGGGGAUACUCAACGAGUGUGUACUGUUACUCGUUUUCGAGUCAAUAAAAUGGGAUUUGCAGGUCCUUUGUUUGACCGCUUCAGUCAACCGUAAGCUUCGAGCUAUAGCGAAACGGUUAUUAUGGCGGAAGCUCUGUGUAUAUCGAGCGCCUCGCAUGGUAUCGGCAUUGGUUAACGGCUCACCUAAUGGGAGAAUAGGUGGUGGAUGGGAUGCUCUCGCGAAGCUCAUGUUUUUCUGUUGUGGUUGUGAGUCGACUCGCAAUUUCAAACUGAGUCGGCCUUCUCCGGGUCAUUUCGCGGGUGCGUCUCGGUUCUCGAAGACUUCGGGUCGGAGCUUCUUGACCAAAAAAUGUCGGGCGGAUCUGUUGUUCGUCAGUGACCCGUGUGAGCACCCAGUGGGGGAUAAAGAAGACGAUUUAGGGAUUUACCGAGGGGUAUUUCGGGGAUUUCUCAGGUCCAACACACGAGCCUGCUUGAUCGGACGGCAAGUAGCGUUCGACGACCGGGUUAGGUGUCCUUACUGCGGGACCCGAGUGUGGAGCAUGACAGCGGCUCGGCUCGUUCCCAAGAGCGCCGCUCGGCGACUGGGGUCACGUGACGGGAGAUUGGAGUAUUUCGUUUGCGUGAACGGCCACUUGCAUGGGACUUGUUGGCUAGUGCCACUGUCGUCGGAUGAAGAAAACUGCGAGGAGGUGGAGGAAGAGGAGGAUGAGGACGGCGGCGAUUUCAAUGGGGAAGCAUAUAAGAAGCAUGAGAAGGUGACAAAUGGCACGGGGAGCAGGAGCUCGUUAAUGUUUUAAGACACGGUGGGGGUGGACCCCACCAAUUAAUUGCUCAACUUGCCACUAAUAAUACGACCGCCGGAGACUCCGAGUUUUACAAUACAAAGGCUAGCGUCAUGUUUUCAUCCCAUAUGACUUCAUUUUGGUCAGAUUUGUAUUUGGGGUCAUUUGGCCCCCUUUUUCUGUACUUCGAUAUACAUAUAUUGAAUGGAGUAGACCUAAUAAUACAAUUAAACAUA